AUGGCCCGGAUCUGCACUGAUGGAAUCCUCUUUAAGGAAUCCUAUGCGUUUUCUAAUCAACGGGUGUUCGUUAAUGAGCAGAAGGAGCUUUGGCACUACAGCACCGUACAGGAAAUGCUAGGCAUGACCACACUGGACCACAAUGCAAAUCGCUGUGAAAAAGGUUACUUGACGGGUAAAUCGCAAUUCCGGUUUGCAUUUAACCUGCCUUACGACCUCGCCACCUCAUUCAGUUGUCCAGCAAGCCCAGUUGUGGUAAAGUACUCAAUAACUGUACAUAUAUUUAGCAUUAACGAUAAUACUGACUCGCAUCAACAUGAACACGCUGAUAGUCUUGCUGCGAGCUUACCAACAAAUGGAAAGCAAGUCCCCAAUCUGCUAAAAUCUCGAAGUCUCAAAAGUUGUCGUCUCACGAAAUUUAGAUUCGCUAAGAAUUUCUUUCCACUAACUAAGGGCCGAAGUAUUUUCAUUGAAUGUGCUUUGGAACAGGCAGUUCUCUCCUCGGUUGGCAAACUCCAAGCUAUCAUCACCGUCACGAACAGGUGGAAGCAAUCAAUUAAGUACGUCCACAUGAGCAUUCUUAGAAAAAUCGAAGCUGUCGGCUACUUCAAAGAUGAUCAAUCAAUAACAGACACAAAGACAGUUUUAAUAAACACAACCGGUGUAGGACUGCCAUCGUCGAAACACAAGAUCGCCGUUGGGGAGACGUACAUAUUCACUUCCAGUUUCAAUGUACCGGCGCUUCCGCCAAGUAUGAAUGUGCCUGGGUUGCUGGAGACUUCUUAUAUGGUUAAUAUUGCCGUUGGUCGAGCACACAAUUACGUGAUUGCCUCGCUAAGGGUUCCGAUCACUAUUGUCACUAAUAUUGUUGAUAUAGAUCCAGUAGUUCCUACUCAGCGCGGAGGUUUGUUAGCUUUUCGUACAAAUUAA